AUGUCCGAGAAGACAACCUGGACCCAUCUCGUCCGAUUUGAGCAUAAGGGAGUUCCAACAUUUGGGCAGCUGGUGUCCCCCAAGGACGACGGAGAUCUUGAUGAACAGUUUGAAGUUGAAAUCGCUACCGGUGAUCCUGUCUUUAACAAUGUGAAAUUCACUGGGGAAAGGGUGACUGUAGCAAGAAACACACUAUUGGCACCAUUUGCAACAGUCCCAAUUGUCAUCAAUACUGGUCUUAAUUAUGAUGAUCAUGUCAAUGAGUCCUUGUUUUACAGUGCUCCGGAUUUGAAACCGAACAUUCCAUAUAUCUUUUUUCGACCGUCCACCUCAAUCGCACCACCAUAUCCUUCUCUUCUGCGAACUUAUAAGGUUCAGCAAGAAUGCCUGGACUAUGAAGGCGAACUAGUCUUCCAGACAGGCUCCCGACCUCUGAAGGAUAUCUCUGUUGAAGAGGCCAAGAAGCAUAUCAUUGGAUUCACCACUGGUUGCGAUUUCUCCCCCCGGCCUGGGAAGAUCCUCGGCCGUAUGAAUUACAUUUACUCAAAAGCAUUUGACAGUUGGACCCCUUGCGGGCCAGUUUUGGUGCACCCCAGUGUUGUCGGAGUGCUGCCUGAAUUGGAUCUUACAACCAAAUGGAAUGGAAAGGUUGUGCAGAGCGACAACUCCCGCAACAUGCUUUUUAAUGUUGCCCAGAUUCUGUCCUCUAUGUCUAUAGGCACUACUGUCCAACCUGGAACUGUUGUCUUCUCUGGCACCUGCGGUGGUGGGGCGUGGUUUAUCAGUGAGGGUAAAGCAGGGACGGGUAUCCAGGAUGGAGAUGAAGUCGAAGUAAACAUCAAGGGCAUUGGGAAGGUUCGCGCAUACCCAUGUUUUGAUAAAUAG